AAUUGAUAUCUAGUGCUGCACUACUGGGGAAAAAAAAGGUGUGGGGGGAUAAUCCAAAGGGAAAUUCACAACCAAAAUUUGGUAUUGAGUCUCUGGGAUGGAAUAAGGUGCUUGGAGGAAGAAGUGAGGCUCCAUGCUCUGUGGUCUGGGAGCAUUACCUGUCAGGAUGAUGGAUGGUGGUUAUGAGCCUCAGGUUAAAAAGUGAGGCAGUCAAGGAAGCAAGUUUUGAAGUGAGGCAUGGGACCAAAAUAAUUUAUGGAGAGAGGAGAAACUAUAAUAUCACAAAUCAGACGGAAAAGCAGGAUCUUGGGAAAAGAGCGCGAAGUGCAGAUAUUAAAGAUCAUAUUAAAAGAGAAAUAGAAAGAGAUACUGAGAGAGCUGUGUGGUUUUGGUGCAAGGGGGGCAUGGGGGAGACCUGCCUGUGCUCAGUUUCAGGCUUUACCUUUACUUUAGGCUGAUGGUGCUCUCUUCCAUGUUAGAAACAACAGAUUUUUCAAACAAAAGUGCUUUUCUCUACUGUGAACACCUCAGCAGCUUCUCACCUGCUCCCAGCUGUCAUCUGGCCCCUUCAGAAGCCAAGGUCUGCAGUCACAGACCCAUUUCCUCCUCCCCAGUCACAGCUUUUUAUCCAUCUCAAAGGUACCAGCAACCCCAAAGGGAAAAAAAAAAGGAAAAAAAAAACCUACUACAGUCCUGUCAGCACUUUCUCACAACUUCACUACUGCCAAGGAUUCAGUUAUGGAAUCCUCUUUAGUUUUGGGGUAGUCUCCUCAGGCUCCAGCAUUACUAGAUGUGUGUGCAGGCUCUCCAUUUCCACCCAUUUCACCCCAAAUAACCUUUAAGCAAACUCAUUCCCAAAUGCCUCCUUUCUCUGCCUUUAUAUCACUUAUCAGUUCCUGAUGCUGCAAGUGCCUCCCUUUUGCUGAGCAUCCUUUCCUUCCCUCUAUCACCUGCCUCCCUACCUCAGCAGCAAGUGGGGCCAUGCAGGAGUUCCCUGAACUGUCCUGUUUGCUGCUCUCUUUGGACUUCCCAGUGGAUCUGCUCCUUUCUGCUCACACUGCAGUGAUAUUGACUGCACUGCAGGCACACAUACUUUGCUCAGGUUCCUUAAUUAGCUUCAUCUUAUUUUAGUUUGCAUAAACCACUUUUUCUUUUUAUUACACAAACUAUUUCUUCUCUCUCAACCACUUGUGGUGCCCCAGUCAGUUUGCUUCCAAACCAGAGGGCUAAAUUUAAUCCCCCACUCCCCAUUCAGCUUUCUCCAUUUACAGUAUUUUUUUUUUGGUAAUGCUUUUUUUUUUUCCCUUUCUUUUCUUUUCUGGGUUGAGUGUUUGGUUUGGGAUUUUUUUUUCCUUCUUUCCAAGAGGCCGGGCUUCCUUUUUUGGUCCAUAAGCCCUCCUAUUUCCCCCUGCCCCCUGGAUGCCUGCCUACCUUUACUCUAAAAUCCAGAGGAGGAUCCAAUACACUUAGAGUGCCAGCUCUUCAAGAGGUAUCUAAGGAGGCUGACAGGAGUUUGAUGGUCUCUUUUGCAGCCAGUGGCAGCUAAUGUGGUCUGAAACCCUCUCUCUCUUUUUUGCCAUUCACACACAGUUCUUACUCUUCAAGCUUGCUGCUGCUGCCACUGCCUGAAAGGACCUGAAAUACCACAUAGGGAAUUUUGAUUUCUUCUGGGAAACCAGGGAAGGAAAGAAAAAAACCCCCAAAAAACGCAGGAACACUCAUCUGGAGAUUGUGAAGAAGACACACAGCAACAGCAAGAAGUGGCAAGCUCUUUACUUCUUGAACACUGAAAAAGACCUCAUUUCUCUGCCAGGUGUAUGGGACUUAGAUUCUGGAAGCACUGCACUGAACUGUUAAAGGUAAAUUAUGACCACUUUACUAUUAGUGUUUGUGUGUUUGCAAGUCAUCACGGCAGCCGACUCUGUGGAGCUCUCAGACAGUAGUGAUGGCCUGGAAGUCAAGAUACCUGAGCAGUCUCCCCUGCGUGUUGUCCUGGGAAGCUCCCUGAACAUCCCGUGCUACUUCAACAUCCCAGAGGAGCAGGACCCCAGUGUCAUGCUGACCCCACGGAUCAAAUGGAGCAAGCUGUCCAACGGGACCGAGGUUGUCCUGCUGGUGGCCACGGGCGGGCGGAUCCGGCUCAACGGCGAGUACAGGGAUGUGAUCUCCCUGCCCAACUACCCCGCCAUCCCCACCGACGCCUCGCUGGAGAUUAAGGCGCUGAGAUCCAACCACACCGGCAUUUACCGCUGCGAAGUCAUGUACGGCAUCGAGGACAGACAGGACACCAUAGAGGUCCUGGUGAAAGGCAUCGUAUUCCACUACAGAGCAAUCUCCACAAGGUACACCCUGAACUUCGAGAAGGCAAAGCAGGCCUGUAUCCAGAACAGUGCUGUCAUUGCCACCCCCGAGCAGCUGCAGGCUGCCUACGAGGAUGGGUACGAGCAGUGUGAUGCUGGCUGGCUGGCUGACCAGACUGUCAGGUACCCCAUCCACUGGCCCCGGGAGCGCUGCUAUGGCGACAAGGAUGAAUUUCCAGGAGUGAGGACCUACGGUGUCCGUGAGCCAGAUGAAACCUAUGAUGUUUACUGCUAUGCAGAGCAAAUGCAAGGCAAAGUCUUCUACGCCACUGCCCCAGAGAAGUUCACCUUCCAAGAAGCUUUCGACAAAUGCCGCAGUUUGGGAGCGCGCCUGGCCACCACGGGGGAGCUGUACCUGGCCUGGAAGGACGGCAUGGACAUGUGCAGCGCGGGCUGGCUGGGCGACCGCAGCGUGCGCUACCCCAUCUCCAGGGCUCGCCCCAACUGCGGGGGCGGCCUGGUGGGCGUGAGGACCGUGUACCUGCACGUGAACCAGACCGGGUACCCCCACCCCGACUCCCGCUACGACGCCAUCUGCUACAGCGGGGACGACAUUGAGAGCCUGAUCCCAGGGCAGUAUAUCGACGAGAUUGGGAGCGAGCUGGGCAGCGCUUUCACAGUCCAGACUGUCACCCAGACGGAGGUGGAGCUGCCCCUGUCACGCAAUGCCACGGAGGAGGAGGCCCGCGGCAGCAUCGCCACCCUGGAGCCCAUUGAGAUCUCGCCCGCUGCCACCGGGCUGUACGAGGGCUUCACUGCCCUGCCCGAGCUCUUCACCACCCCUGUCACGGUGGAGACAGCUGCCACAGAGGAGGAAAACGUCACCACGGAGGAUGUCACAGCGCUGUGGACUGCACCUGAAGAGGCCACCACCAUAGAUUUAGGCACUGCCGUCACCACCAUAGCCUUAGGCACUGCCAGUGACACUGAAACAGCAGAGGUGAGCUCGGUGGAAGAGGUCACGGGGGUGACUGCCACCCCAGGACUGGAGUCUGCCCUGACGUCCACAGCAGAAGAUCAGCUUGUGAAAGUGACAGCUGCCCCCGGUGCCGGUCACCUUCCCGAGCAGCCCAUCUCCCCCACAGGUGUGGUGUUUCACUACCGUGCAGCCACCAGCAGAUACGCCUUCUCCUUUGUCCAAGCCCAGAAGGCCUGCCUGGAGAACAGUGCUGUGAUUGCCACCCCCCAGCAGCUCCAGGCUGCCUACGAGGCUGGCUUCGACCAGUGUGAUGCUGGCUGGCUGCGGGACCAGACAGUCAGAUAUCCCAUUGUGAAUCCCCGAAAUAACUGCAUAGGGGACAAAGAGAACGCUCCAGGUGUGCGGUCAUACGGCAUGCGCCCGGCCUCGGAGACCUAUGACGUGUACUGCUACAUCGACAGGCUCAAGGGCGAUGUGUUCUUCGCAACCCAGCCGGAGCAGUUCACCUUCGCAGAAGCCCAGCGGUACUGCGAGAGCCAGAACGCCACGCUGGCCUCUGUGGGCCAGCUGCACGCGGCCUGGAGGCAGGGCCUGGACAGGUGCUUCGCGGGCUGGCUGGCGGACGGCAGCCUGCGCUACCCCAUCGUGAGCCCCCGGCCCGCCUGCGGCGGGGACGCGCCGGGCGUCAGGACCGUGUACCAGCACCACGACCAGACGGGCUUCCCCGACCCGCUGUCCCGGCACCACGCCUUCUGCUUCAGAGCUCUGCCUCCUGUGGAGGAGGAGGGGGUCACCCCAUUCUUUGAAGAUGUGCUGGCAACACAAGUGAUCCCCGGAGUGGAGGGGGUGCCCUCUGGGGAGGAGGUGACCAUGGAGACAGAGUCUGCCACUCAAACUGAGAAUCAGACAGCCUGGGGUACAGAGGUCUUUCCAACCGAUGUGUCACUGCUCUCAGUGAGUCCAUCUGCUUUUCCUCCAGCUACCAUAGCACCAGACGAAACAAGUACCAAUGCUUCUGUCAGCGAAGUGUCAGGGGAGGUGACUGAAUCUGGAGAGCAUCAAGUCAGUGGUGAACCUUUGGCAUCGGGGUGGGUACCUGGAGUUCCAGAUACAAGUGGAGAACCAGCUUCUGGAGUUUUUGAACUUAGUGGAGACCACUCAGGGAUUGGAGAGAGCGGAUUACCAUCAGUAGACCUGCAUGCCAGUGGCUUCCCACCUGGAGAAAGUGGGCUGCCCUCGGGAGACCUGAGCGGUGUGUCUCCUGGCGUUGUUGAUAUCAGUGGCCUGCCUUCUGCGGAGGAGGAGGUGUCGGUGUCUGUUUCAAGGAUACCAGGAAUCAGAGGGAUGCCACCUGAAGUGGAAAGCAGCGGGCUGCCUUUUGGAGUGAGCGGAGAAAUCUCUGGCACUGAGUUAGUCAGUGGCGUGUCCUCUGGAGAGGAAAGUGGACUCGCCUCUGGUUUCCCUACGGUCUCUCUUGUGAAUACCACGUUAGUGGAAGUUGUAACGACAGUGACAGAACGGCAAGAGGAGGGAAAAGGAUCCAUUGGAGUCAGCGGUGAGGAAGAUCUGUCAGGGUUCCCAUCCUCUGGGUGGGACAGCAGUGGUGGAACCCAAGGCUUGCCCUCAGGAGCUGAGCCCAGCGAGGAGCCCUCGGGGGCCCCCGAGCACAGCGGGCUGCCCUCGGGAGGGUCUGAACUGAGUGGGUUGCCCUCAGGACUGGAUGCCAGUGGAGAAACCUCUGGAACACAGGAGAUCAGUGGCCUGGUGGACCUGAGUGGCCUUACCUCUGGUAUUGAUGGAAGCAGUGAGGCCUCCGGCAUCACCUUUGUAGAUGCCACUUUGGAGGAAGUGACCACAACCCCGCCAAUUACAGGAGCAGAAGCAAAAGAGACUUUGGAAACCAGUGGAUUGCCUUCAGGAGACGAAGAUGGAUCAGGCAUGGUAUCUGGGAGUUUAGACACCAGUGGUGAGCCUUCCGGGCAUGUGGACUUUGGUGGGAGUGUUUCUGGAGUGCUGGAGAUGAGUGGAUACCCAAGUGGAGUGAUAGACAGCAGUGGAGAUAUCUCUGGAGUUGAUGUCACCAGUGGUCUGCUGUCUGGAGAGGAAAGUGGACUCACCUCUGGCUUUCCCACGGUGUCUCUUGUGGAUACUACUCUGGUGGAAGUUGUAACGCAGACCUCAGUGGCACAAGAAGUGGGAGAAGGACCAUCUGGGAUGAUAGAAAUCAGUGGAUUUACUUCUGGAGACAGAGGACUAUCUGGAGAAGGGUCUGGAGCUGUGGAGACCAGUGGGUUUCCUUCAGGGGCAGGAGACUUGAAUGAAGAGCCAUCUGGAAUCCCAGAUAUCAGUGGAGGCUUUUCUGGAGCCACAGAUCUAAGUGGACAGUCCUCAACAGUGACUGAUAUCAGUGGGGAGGCCUCAGGGCUUCCAGGAAUCACUUUAUUCACUUCUGAUUUAGUAGAAAUGGUGACAAGACCAACAGUAUCACAGGAGCUGGGUGGGGAAACUGUCACAUAUCCCUACAGCUUGGGACCAAGUGGGGAAACCUCUGCAUCUGGUGAACUAAGUGGGGAAACAUCUGCACUGCCAGAAAGUGCUCUAGAAACAUCAACAGCUUAUGAAAUCAGUGGUGAAACAUCUGCAUUUCCUGAAACUGGUUUAGAAACAUCCACGAUUCAUGAAAUCAGUGGGGAGACAUCUGCAUUUCCCGAUUUUAACACAGAAACAUCAACAAUUCAAGAAAUCAGUGGGGAAACCUCUGCAUUUCCUGAAAUUUUCACAGAAACAUCCACAAGUCAGGAAGCCAGGGGUGAAACAUCUGGGUAUCCUGAGAUUAUCAUAGAAACAUCCACAGGUCAAGAAGUAAGUGGUGAAACUUCUGCGUUUCCUGGAAGUGGCACAGAAACAUCCACAAUACAAGAAAUCAGUGGGGAAACAUCUGCAUUUCCUGAAAUUAGAAUAGAGACAUCCACAAGUCAAGACAUCAGUGGGGAAACGUCUGCGUUUCCUGAAAUUAGAAUAGAAACAUUCACAAGCCAAGAGGCCAGGGGUGAAAUAUCUGGCUAUCCUGAAAUUAGCAUAGAAACUUCGACGGUCCACGAAACCAGUGGAGAAACAUCUGCCUUUCCUGAAAUCAGCAUAGAAACUUCAACAGUGCAUGAAAUUAGUGGAGAAAGUUCUGCAUUUCCUGAAAUUAGAAUAGAAACAUACACAAAUCAAGAAGCCAGGGGUGAAACAUCUGCCUACCCAGAAAUUAGCAUAGAAGCUUCAACGGUCCAUGAAACCAGUGGGGAAACUUCUGCAUUUCCUGAAAUCAGCAUCGAAACUUCGACAGUCCAUGAAAUCAGUGGGGAAAUGUCCUCCUUUCCUGAAAUUAGCAUAGAAACUUCGACAAUCCAUGAAACCAGUGGUGAAAUAUCUGUAUUUCCUGAAAUUAGAAUAGAAACAUCCACAGGUGAAGAAGCUCGAGGUGAAAUAUCUGCAUUUCCUGAGAUUAGCAUAGAAACCUCUACAGUCCAUGAUAUCAGUGGGGAGACAUCUGCAUUCCCUGAGUUUAGCAUAGAAACACCAACAAGUCAAGAAGCCAGGAGUGAAACAUCUGCCUAUCCUGAAAUUUUCAUAGAAACAUCCACAGUUCAAGAAGUCAGUGGGGAAACUUCUGCAUUUCCUGAAAUUAGAAUAGGAACACCCACAAGUCAAGAAGCCCGAGGUGAGACAUUUCCUGAGAUCAGCAUAGAAGCAUCCACAGUCCAUGAAACCAGUGGGGAAGUCUCUGCAUUGCCUGCUGCUAACAUCAGAACAGCUGCCACAUCUUUGGCCAGUGGGGAGCCUUUUGGUACUCCUGAGGAGAAGGAGAUUCCUGACACAACAUCUGGAUCUGUGACACACUCUGUCGCAGGCAUUUCAGGGGAAACCUCUGUCCCAGACACUGUAAUUAGUACCAGGACUCCAGAUGCUGAACCAACACAGGGACUCAGGAACCCUGAAGAGGCUCAGCUUGAAAUGGAGCCUUCCCCUCCCGUGGUGUCAGAACAAGAGACAGAGACAGCUGUUGCUCCAGACAAUCCCCAUCUGCUGGCCACCACCACUGCUGCCCUGCCCCAAGUCUCACAAGAGGCAAUUGACGCAUUAGGACCCACUACAGAAGACACUGAUGUGUGCCACUCAAGCCCCUGUCUGAAUGGAGCCACCUGCGCUGAUGCCAUCGACUCUUUCAAAUGCUUUUGCCUUCCCAGCUACGGAGGGGACCUGUGUGAGAUCGACUUGGAAAACUGUGAGGAAGGCUGGACCAAGUUCCAGGGCCAUUGCUACAGGCACUUUGAGGAGAGGGAGACUUGGAUGGAUGCAGAGACCAGAUGCCGACAACAUCAAGCCCACCUGAGCAGUAUCAUCACCCCAGAGGAACAAGAAUUUGUGAACAGUCACGCACAGGACUACCAGUGGAUCGGCCUCAGUGACAGAGCUGUGGAGAACGACUUCCGCUGGUCUGACGGGCACUCCCUGCAAUAUGAGAACUGGCGGCCCAACCAACCCGACAACUUCUUCUCGGCGGGCGAGGACUGCGUUGUGAUGAUCUGGCACGAGAAAGGCGAAUGGAACGAUGUUCCCUGCAACUACCACCUCCCUUUCACCUGCAAGAAAGGAACAGUGGCCUGCGGGGACCCCCCUGCGGUGGAGAACGCCAGGACCUUCGGUCGGAGGAAGGAGCGCUAUGAAAUAAACUCCUUGGUGCGGUACCAGUGCGACCAGGGCUACAUCCAGCGCCACGUGCCCACCAUUCGGUGCCAGCCCAGUGGGCAGUGGGAGGAGCCACGGAUAUCCUGCCUAAACCCUUCCAGCUACCAGCGCAGGCUAUACAAGAGGAGCCCCAGGAGCCGGUCGAAACCCAGCGGCAGCGCCGUGCACAGACCCACCCAUUAGAGCGGGCCCAGAGACCGAGGGGGAACGCGAGAAAGAGAGAUUUUUAACGGAACAGUUAUAUUAACAGAGUCGAUUUCUUCUUCUUCUUGUUGCUUAUUUGUCAUAUAAGGAAAAAAAAUAUAUUAAAGACAAACCCACCUUUGUGUAUAUAUAUAAAAAAAAUUGUUUUUCCAAGCACCAAAGCAAAACGAAUUAGAUCUCAGCAUUUUUACUAACCGUCCGGUUCCAAUUAUCUUCGUGCCUUUGGGGACGGGGAGGGGGGAGGGUUUGCAAAGGGCAGGGGGUUAAGUUAAAUAAUAAAGAUGAUUAUUUUUUCCUGAUUUUAUCCACGAACAAUGUAAUUAUUUCUGUUAUUUAAUCUCCAGGGUGAACAGCACCUUAUGGGGUUUUAUUUUAUUUUAUUUUAUUUUUCCAGAAUCCUUCUACUGCUGCAGCACGUCAGGACGGGUGGGGAAGGGCCGGGGGGCUGUGGUGGAAGGAGCUGUGGGAGGAGGGAGGCGAGGGGAUGCUGAGAGCCGGGUGCUGGGGGCUGCAGCCCUCUCUGCUUCCCCACUGCCCCCUCUGCAGUGCAGCACCCGUCCCAGGACAACGUGCUCUUUCCAGGGGACCGUGCGGGGCACCAGCGUUCCCUGCACCUAUUUAUAUUUUUGAACAUAUCCUAUUUUGAAAGAAUGAUAAAUAAUAAAGAAAGCGAAAUCGGAAUGGGAGUUUUGUCAGUGUUGGUUUUUUUUAGGGAAGAGGGAUGUCUGGUGGGCUGGGAGGAAAGGGUUCUCCCAUGGCAAGGCAAAAAAGAAAGGGAACCCAAAGAGGGUGGUUCAAACUACACAGGAAUGGCUCAGCCCCAGGCAGCACCUAAGGGACCAUGGAGGUGGAAGGGGUGUCCCAAGCCCCCACUGAAGAAGGGCCCUAGAGCAGGACACUGUCCUCCCUGUUCAGCUCUCAGUUUGGGAGGGGGUUAACUCACAUGCCUAAAACCCAUCUAAAACCCAUGGCCAGCAGGAACUGCUUCACCUUCCAGCUUUCAAUCCUGACUCCCAGGGGGUUAAUUAACACUCACUAAUGAGGGAACACAAGGUCCUUGCAGGAGCUGAGUUGAGCCAGAACUAAUGAGAUGCUCAGUCAAGGAUGAGACAGCCAGGGAUCCCCAAAUCCUUUCUCCACAGCAGACCUUUCUCUUGAGUUGGGACAGAGAUGGGGACACAGCUAUGUCACUCCAGGGCUUUCUCCACCAUUUUAUUAGAAGAUGUCCAGAAAAACACAUCUUUGCAUAGCCAAUGCUCAAAGAAGAAGGCACCAGAGUUGAAAUGGAGUCCAGGCAAGGGGCACAUAGAGAUAAGGCACUUGUGCUCCAGCAGGGACAGGCACAAUGGCAUCCUUCAGCAGGACAUGCAUGGGGCUGGAAGAGGGGCCAGGAUGCAACGGAGAUACCUGCUCUCUGCUCUGGCUGAAUCCAGCCUUGCCUCACUCCCUCACAGCCUUGCCUCGUGAACUUGGAGGCAGGACCAGCCUGGAAGGGCAGGUGGGUGUCAGUGACAGCCUGCCACGGCAGGAAGGGGCCACCACCCAUGGGGUGAUACAGCCAAGUGGGAUGGCAGCAGCAGCCCGUGGGGAUCGCCCUUGCACACAUCCCAUGACAGGGACUGUCCCCUGCUGCCCAGCUGACAGCCAACCCAAGCAGCUGCAGGUGCCAGCUGCUGAGCAAGGUGUGGAAAACAGAAAGGAAGGAAACAAAACAAAACAAAAAGAAACCUCC